UGUCGCCUGCAGGUGUGCCUCGCAGGUGUCUCUACUGGACACCAACUGCUGGGCGGUGAGGCUCAUCGCGGAGCCUGGAGAUUGCUGGGGAUGGAGGAAAGUCACGAACUUUUGGAGUGGACGUGUGUCUUACUUUAUUCCUGAAACGCAGCAUGGUGCCUGGGAGAAUUCUUCAGUGAGACUACUGAAGUUAGGGCACAUAUCAUUUCAUUGGUGCCGAGACUCGAGAGACUCUUCCGCCCCAGGCCCCUCUCCUGGGGUCGGAACCAAAACCGGGGACCUUCUUGAAAACAACCCACAUGUUCCAUAUGCCUGAGCACAACCUCUCCGAAUAACACUGGCUUCGAUUGAAAGCCUGAGCCCCUACUUCGAGCAGCCAGAGAACGACCAGCAUGACCAGACCAGCCUCUGACAUCCUUCCUAUCAGAGGCCUAGGAAGAACCGAGGUAGGCGUGGAGGACUGGACUGAAUGCUGGGAGAAAGAAGGGCAAAGUUGGAGAGACGCCAUGGAUCCUCAGUCGGAGACAGACCUGUUGAAACUUUCCUGUGUUAAUCUAACCAACGAGGAUUUUGAUGAUACCACCAUUUUAGAAACCAGUCCAUCUGGAACUCCUCUAAAAGACAACAGCAUUAUCUCUUUCAUUACCUGGAAUAUUGAUGGAUUAGAUAGAAACAAUUUGCCAGAGAGGGCUCGAGGGGUGUGUUCCUCCCUAGCUUUGUACAGUCCAGAUGUGGUAUUUCUACAGGAACUUAUUCUUCCAUAUUGGGCCUACCUAAAGAAGAGAGCAAGAGGCUACAAAAUUAUUACAGGUAAUGAAGAAGGAUAUUUCACAGCUAUACUGUUGAAGAAAGGAAGAGUGAAAUUUAAAAGUCAAGAGAUUGUUCCAUUUCCAAAUACUAAGAUGAUGAGAAACCUUCUGUGUGUGAACGUGAGUGUGGGUGGAAAUGAAUUCUGCCUUAUGACGUCCCAUUUGGAGAGCACCGGAAAAUAUUCUGCUGAACGAAUGAGUCAAUUAAAAACGGUUUUUCAGAAAAUGCAAGAAGUUCCAGAUUCAACUACUGUUCUAUUUGCAGGAGAUACAAAUUUAAGAGAUAGAGAAGUUAUCAAAUGUGGUGGUUUACCUGCCAAUGUUUUUGAUGCCUGGGAAUUUUUGGGCAAACCUAAGCAUUGCCAGUAUACAUGGGAUACAAGAAUAAAUACUAAUCUUGGGAUUCCUUAUGCUUGUAAGCAUCGCUUUGAUCGAAUAUUUUUCAGAGCAGCGGAGGGCCGCCUUAUUCCCCAAAGUUUAGACCUUAUUGGGUUGGAAAAACUGGACUGUGGUAGAUUUCCUAGUGAUCACUGGGGUCUCCUGUGCAACUUGAAUGUAGUAUUGUGAAAAGCUUUCCAAGUUUGAACUUUAUAUGUUUGCAGUAGUUCUGGAUUCAUGUAGAUCUCAAUCUUUCAGGAAAGCUAGGUAUAACACACAAGACUUAGCAAACUGGUUCAUUAGUACAGCAAAAGCGGUUACAUUUUGCUUUGCAGCUUGUGUCCUGAGAAUUAAAAAUUGGUGUUUGUAAUCAAAGCAUGCUUGCGUUCAGAAUGUGUGGACCUUUGUUGAAGGAACACAGCCACUCAGCUCGUAAUAGUGCUCAUGGCUGCCAUCAGGCUUUCAAGUAGUGGCCAUAUUGUCUCAGGGCUAACUAUCACAACACUACUGUUAGGAUUGUUAGGCUCCAAAAUAAUAUUAAACCAUUUUAUCAAGAGAAAAAGCAAGGUACUGAAUACUUGAGACCGCACUGUGUCUUAGGAUUUGUAAGCUCAGAAACUUAAGUGAAAAAGCCAUGGCCAUGUGCAUUAGAUGAUGUGUUGUCUAUCAGACUUAAUUCUUGUCUGCUGAUAGUAUAACUGACUUAGUCAUGAGUUAAAUUUGCACUUUAAUUCCAAUAACUUCUGAUUAAUGUUAAUUUUUUUCCUGAUAAGUGAUACAGUUAAGCUUGGUAAUGAUUACACGCAGCUUAAGCAACAUGGGGAUUAUUUCUUAGAAUAAUUCAUGAAGAAAAGUAACCUUUUGGAAUUGUUACUAGUAAGAUGGAAAUACUUUUUAGAGGUGAAUAAAAAAAUGCAUUUUAAAAAAGUGUUCUGUAAAGAAAAGAUGUACUGUAAAUAAAGCGUUGAACCUGUGUGUGACGA